AUGGUCCUCCUAGACAGUAGCAGGGCUCUCUAUAUUGACCUCAUGCUCAAUUAUCCCAAUAAUAACCUAAUUUAUUAUAUUAGCAAGUAUACUGAUAGUGGUGAUCAAUCUUCAUUAAAGGUAGGCAUUGGCACGGGUAUGGGUAACCCGUGUGGGUCACGGGUAUGGAUACCUCUAAUACACCCAAGCCUGUGCCUCUGGACUCUCACAGGCUUCGCGAACCCCACCAUAACUCCAUCCAUGUUCUGCAAGCGUGUUAGUAAGCUGACUGAAAAGGCAGCACAAGCUAUUGCAGAGGGUGGUCAAAAGCUAAAGCAGAAGGUCAGUACCGGCAGCCAAGAGACUUUGCAAGCCAAGAAAGCGAAAAAUGUACCCUUGACAUCAAAGAAGGCAGCUACGACCUCACGAACCGAUCCUUCGACAUCUGAAGACUCAACCAUACAAGCCCCUGUUCCUCGUGUGUCAAGUCAACGAGCCACAGUCCAAACCGAAGAAGAGGACAAUGCCUCUCUCGCCAAUGCUAUUGUUGUCGAGUCCAGUGAUACAUCAUCUGAUAUGAGUAUCAAGGCACCUGAAUCAGAUGCGGAGGCAUCAGAUAAUGAGCUCGGCAAGUCACCUACCUAG